AUAGAGUCAAAGGCUAUCCUAGAGGAGUUACGAUCCUAUGUACGAAAAAAGAAAAAACGUGGCUAUUAAGAUAAUUCCCAUUUAUGAAUUGGCUUGGAUUUCUUCUAGAAGAGUGUUGGAACAUGUCCCUAUUGCCAUUGGACUAACUAGUUGCUAUCCUCUAGGAGAACAUGACAUAUUUGAGGCAAAUCCUUCUCCUAGUAAUGACUAUUGACUAGUUCCAUAUGUUAGAAGGCCAUGGCUUAGAAAGAUUGCCCCAUCAAUGUCGCAAAAAGUAUCAAACAAGGCACACCCUUUUGAUUUCACUAUUAUUUGAGUUGCUUGGAGAUGCCCUUGUCUUGUGUUGGCUCCAACAAUUGCACAAAUUCAAGAACCGUUGCCUCUUGUUGCUACAAGAUCGAUGGACAUGAAGGACCCUUUUGAUGUCUCUUCUUCUUACAUGCUUCUUGAGGCAAGUGGUGAUUCUGAAGCUGAUUGUUAUAACCCCACUAUGGGUGAACAUGGUUAUGAAAUUGGUAGAGCAGAUGAUGAUGCUCAAUCUUGCAGCUAUGAUAAUUCUGAGACUUGUAAUGCUGCUGAACUUCAUGGAAAUGAGUCUUGGAAAAAUGAUGAUGAUGAUGAAGAUGAAAAGAAAGAUGAUGUUCAUGAAACUUCAUAUUGUGAUGAUGAUGAUGAUGAGAUGCAACAACACCAGAAGUCCUGUGUGUCUGAUGAUUCAGAACAAGAGUUGGUGGAUGAGAUGGAAAAGAAUAGGCAGUUCUGGGAAGCUUGUUUGGCAUCUUGAUUGUGUUUGUUGGAAUUUCUUUUUUCUUUCAAUAGUACUCAUAAAAUCAUAGGGUCUUAGCUUCUUCACCAGUAUUUAUUCUUUUAAAGAAACAUGGGGGUCUAUUGAACCUGUCUAAAAGAUAAAAGCUUUCAAUUGUAUGUAUGCCUAAACUGAUUCGUUCACAAUUCAUUGUGGAACAUAUAUAAACUGCAAAAUCAUUAUAAUAGCCUUGUACUUGAAUUUUUUGGUAAAUUGUUUGGUAAUACUUUUUAAAUUA